AUGCUUUGUUCUUCAAAUGAAUUGAGGAAUCAUUUACAAAUUGAAACGAAAGAAAGAUUCUUUAUUUCUUUCUCUCUCUCAUUUUGCUUCUAUCUAUCUAUCUAUCUAUCUAUCUAUCUAAGUCUGUUCAUAUCUAUCUAUCUAUCUAUCUAUCUAUCACAGUCUGUUGAUGUCUAUCUAUCUACCCAUCUAUCUAUGUUCAUAUCUAUCUACGUCUGUUCAUAUCUAUCUAUCUAUCUAUCUAUCUAUCUGAGUCUGUUGAUAUCUCUCUCUCAGCCUGUUCAUACCUUUCUAUCUAUCUAUCUAUCUAUCACAGUCUGUUCAUUAUCUAUCUAUCUAUCUAUCUAUCUAUCUAUCUAUGUCUCUAUCUAUCUAUCUGAGUCUGUUGAUAUCUAUCUAUCUAUCUAUCUAUGUCUGUUCAUAUUCUCUCUCAGCCUUUUGAUAUCUAUCUAUCUAUCUAUCUAUCUAUCUAUCUAUCUAUGUCUGUUCAUAUCUCUCUUUCAGCCUUUUGAUAUCUAUCUAUCUAUCUAUCUAUCUAUCUAUCUAUCUCCUUCUAUCUAUUUUUUCGUUCAUCCUGGGUAUGAUGAUAAAAUACAUCCUACAGACCUCUGA